ACAUUUAAACUCUGGGUCUCAAGUCAGAGGUCUUAAACGGAGGCCCGGGGAAACCAGUAAAAAUGGCGACAGUUAUAGCAUCGGCUGUUCGGCAGAUUGGGGUGGUCGCUGAAGAAAUCAACACCGCAAUGGAGGCAGUUAAAAAAGGACUGCAUAACGUAAAGGUGUCGAAAUAUGACGCCACAAAGCUGGAAAGAGAUCUGGAAGGAGAGUUGUUUGACAAAUGGCAUGAAGGAUGUGAGGUGAUGAAAGCAGUCAAAAUCCCAUUUGACAACAUCGUUGCUUACCUUAACCACUUGCAGAGGGCGUAUGAAGGCAUUGAUGACGACGUAAGACUGAAAAUGGAAGGUAUCCUGUAUGCUAAGGAAUCCUGGGAGUACAAGAUAGUUGAAUGGAAGUUCAACAAAGGCGACAACUCCGGUGCUCGCUACGGAAUGGUGGCAUUUGGUCGAUCCCCAGAUGGAAUGUACGUAGACUGCAUGUACGUUAUGUACAAAAUGGAUUUCAAAAUUGCACCAAAAGUCAUAGUCACCGAAAAAAAGCACUCAGCAUGGUGGGGCCUCAAAACCUGGACCACGAGAAGAGUUGAGACGGAGGAACGCAAUCUCGGAACGAAGACUAUCAAAGUUCUUCAGAAUUUCUUUCGCUUAAAGGCUCUAGAGGGAUUUUACAAAGAAGGUUUGAUUGAGAGGAUAAAUUAUGUCCCUUCCCUGGAGGAUGUUCCAGAUCAUUCCACUCACUGACAUAGCAGACAUUUGUACUUCAUGUCAUUGACCAAGAUUCCAUAUUUGUUGUAUAAUACUAAUACUUAAUCCAAUGAAUAUUUUAUCAUUAUGACAAUCCAUUAACAAUAAACUAGUAAGAAUAGGUGUAUUAUGUCUACUGGUUGCAAUAUGCUAUAUAUGAAACAAGGCCUCUUCCUGAGGUCUAUUUUAUGCAGAUUUUUCAUGAUGUCUACUGACUGCAGUGUGCUAUGAACCAGGAUAACAUUAAAUCAUGUGUCUACUGGAUGCAACAUACAACGCACCAGAAACAUGUCAUGAUGUCUACUUUUUUUUUUUUUUUUUUUUUUUACAUUUUUUAUGCAACAGGACAUUUCAUGAUGUCUACUGGUUAUAACAUGCAUUGUACCAUGAUAAUUCAAAUUGUUUUUCUUGAUGCAGCAACCAGUGCAUCAAAACAGGUUGACAGUAAACCGAAUAACAUCCUAGUUUGUUAUACAUGUAUAUACGUGCUUGUAUCCUAAUCCAAUCGUGUAUCAUGUCAAGAAUAACGUUGUCGGUUCUGUAAUGACGGAUAUUAUUUAUUUCAAUAAAUAGCGUUUACUUCCAUAAAUUGAUCAUGAUUUAUGUGUUAUACAGCUGUACGUCCAUAAACACAGAGCACUUUGUCUAAAAACCCUACGCGUUCAAUCGAAGAGCAAACUUCGAUUAAAAAGGUAACUCUUUUAAACUUGUACGAACACUAUGAGGACUAAUCCUUAAUAAAAGGGAAGGGAAUUGCUUAAUUUUACUACGAAACCCAUGCUACGGUAAAAAAAAAAUCAAUUAUCCGAACCUUAUUUCUUUGUCUAUACAUGUAUUUUCUCUGAAAGCAUUGAAUAAAAGUACCACAUACCUAUCUUCCACUUUAUGUUCGCACGAUGUUGAGGACUUUGCUUUUGUGCUGCACCAAGAGUAUAAGUGUGGUUUGUGCAAAAAAAAAAUCUCAUAGAGUUUAUAAUUAUAAAUGAUAUAUUCAGUUUUCUUGUUUUACAUUUGAUUAAGAUUGUGUAAAAUAAAUAUAUCCAAAA